GGAGAGAGAGUUUGUGUGUCCCCUACCCCAGCCCUUCCACCCCCCUAUCUCUUUACAGGACUGCCAGCCCGUCUACAGUUAUUCCAGGAAUGCGCGUUGAACAUGGCUGCCGCGAUGAAGGCGCAGAAAACGGGACUGCUGGAACUCCGAGUGACCGUGGACCGUUGGAUCCGGGUGUUGGCCACUCUCACCGAAGACACGCUCACGGUGAACCCGGGGGAAGGUACCGAAGAGCCCGCCAAGCCCAGCCCGGGUCCAACCGGAGCCGGGGGGGCCAUUAACGGAGACCCCCCGAACCUCAGCACGUCCCCGGUCCCGGAAACCAUCACCAACGUGAAGCGCACAGUGAGGGUAACGAAGCAGGAUGUCGGAGGACUGGGAAUUAGCAUUAAAGGUGGGAAGGAGAACAAGAUGCCCAUCCUCAUCUCCAAGAUUUUCAAGGGCCUGGCCGCAGACCAGACUGAGGCCCUUUAUGUUGGUGACGCCAUAUUGUCUGUCAAUGGUUAUGACUUAAGAGAGGCCACACACGAUGAGGCUGUGCAGGCCUUGAAGAAGACGGGCAAAGAGGUCAUCCUUGAAGUGAAGUACAUCAAGGAGAUGUCAGCCUUCUUUAAAAGUUCGGGGUCCCCCGGGGCCGCCCUCCCAUGGGACUCCCCUCCCUCCACACCUCAGAGGGGCACGGAGCUCUCCCCCGCCGAGGUGAAGGAGCCCCGUAGCAUCCCACUGAAGAUGUGCCAGGUGUCACGAAAACAGUGCCCUCCGGACGUAGAAAACAGGUAUUUCGAGGUGGUUUCCUCCAACAGAAAGAAUUCUGUGUUCCUCCGGGCAAAAGACCCAGCCAUGGCUCAGUCCUGGUACAACGCCAUCCAGGCUGGUGCUGCCAACCUUCUACCUCGAGUGAAGGAAGAGAUGAAGAGUAUGCAGUCUGGCAUGGAUGUCAAACAUCUGGGCUGGAUAACAGAGCAGAUGGCCCAGGGUCCAGAGAAACCGGUACUGGCUGUAUUGACUGACAAAGACCUGCUCCUGUACUCUUCCAUGCCUGAAAGCAAAGAGAAUGUCAGCAGCCCCACCAAGAGUCACCCGCUGAUCACUACCAGACUGGUCCACUCUGGCCCAGGAAAAAGUUCUCCUCUCCUGGACUCUGAGCUGUCGUUUGGCUUGCGUUCGGGCACAAAGCAAGGUGUGGAGACUCAUGUGUUCAGGGUGGAUUCUGCCAAGGAGCUGUCCACAUGGACUCAUCUGCUGGUGGAGGGCUGCCACAACGCUGCUGAGCUCAUCAAGGAGGUCACCACGGCCUGCAGCUGGAAUGGAAAGGAGUGCACCCUGGGAGUGCACAUUGAUGAGGGCUUCACACUGUUCACGGAGGAGAUGGGUGUCAGGAAAAGUAUUCUGCUGCAGCAGCCCUUUGAGAGAUUGAGAAUGUCCUCAGACGAUGGAGUCCGCAUGAUGUUCCUUGACUUUGGGGGCCCUGAGGCAGAAAUUCAACUGGACCUCCACGGUUGCCCCAAGACCAUAGUCUUCAUCAUCCACUCUUUUCUGUCUGCUAAAGUCAAGCGACUAGGCCUCCUGGCAUGAUAAUGACCAAGCACACGGAGCCUCGGCAAUAGGAAUAUUCAAUAAAACAUACAUCCUAGAAGACCCUGAAACACCAGAGGAUGGAGUCCAGGGGAAAAGGCUGACUAACACUGUCUUCUCAGUCUUCCAGAGCUACUAAAGCGAUCCUCUCCGAUCAAGCACCCUGGUCUUUCGAAAGCUACGAAGAAAAAAUGGAAACUUUGAUGGACCUUUGUUGAACUAGUAGUUGUAAGCUAAGGAGCGGUUUUACAGACAGCAUAAAUCCGCCGUGUCGCGGUAGGUCAUGACAUUUCAUAGAGACAAAUCUUGUGAUUAUGACAGCCUGCAUCUUAAUGUCCCUGAGCUUCAAGUCCCAACAGUUAAUGUGUUUUGCCCCAUUGUUUAGUUUAGUUUUGUUUUUUGAUGAGUCACGGCAGGCCUUUGUCAUUAGCAUCUUUUCAUCUUUCAAUCUCGGCUUUAUGUGCUGUGAGCACUCAGAAACACAGUGAUUUCACACUCGUCCUGAUUGAUGUUGGACAAACAUUUGUUUUUUUUAAUAUAAUGGCAGCUUCAGCAGAGUGACAGGAUGACACAACUGAACGCUCCAUGAUCAAUGGUCUGUAUUGAACAAUGUACAGAUUCACACUGUGUGAAGCAUAAUAUGCUGUUUUUGUGGAUGCUCAAGUUGCCUUCACCAUGAACUGUCAUGAAAAAAGCAGUUUUGUUAUUUUUUAAGAUAUAUUCCAAACGCCAUAUCAAACUUUUUUUUUUCAGUGCUGCUUAACAGUUUUAUUUUUUCAUUUCGCCCCCAGUGUCUUUCCCUGUGCACACUAUCACAGCUAACAAAGAAACAUGGACUAACGCGGUACACAUUAUGACAGUAUUAUGAGAUGCUUUUAUAUUAUGUAUUAGAAUAGUCAGUGAAUUAGGUAACAUAUUUACAUUUUUCUAACAAAUGUGGUACCCUUUCAAUGGCCUGAAGGAGUUUAAUUCCAUUUCAACCCCAGUUUGUCCCCCUGACAGAGGUUGUCACAUAAGCAUUUAUUUACAGAUGUGUACAUUUUCUACAAAUGCCAAGCUGCUUCUUCUGUAAGCAUUCAAUACUUAAUACUGUUCAAUACCUCUUAAAAGAAUUUCAUAGUACUGAAGUAUGUUUUUUUCUUCAUUAGUUACUCAUCAGAAAUGACAAAUGAGCUUCAUCAGAAGUUGCAUUUUUCUUUGAAAACUUCACAAAAUACAUUCAUUUGAUGAGUUGUUUAUACCAUUGACUUAUUGAUUCAUGUUAUCCUUCAUAGAGUUUGUUUCACUGAACAUUUACAACUUGCGGCCUUCUCUCUGUCCAACAAUAAGCAGACUUGUAUUAAUAUAUAUUUCACAACUAAAACUUGUUUGGUUUCAAGAAUAAAAUGUAUUGUAUAUUCUUAUUUAAAUAAAGGUGUGCCUUGCAGGGUUGUUUGUAUAUAAACAUGUAAUAAACUUUGUUAACUUUUA